CACCACCACCUCCACCACCACCACCUCCACCACCACCACCACCACAACAACAACAACAACACAAGGAGAAAAAGGAUCUAAUUCGGAUUUUGCCUUCUUUCUUUCUUUCUCUCUUGACCGCUAAAGAACAACAAUAAUAAUGGGAAUUGCCCAUCAUCGCAGUCGCCUCAGGACACGAAAGGCCACGAAAACGACAGAAACCGCAGCCCCAGCGCGAUCUUGCCCUGCAACUAACAAUAAACUUCGCCCUGGAGCGAGCGUGGAGAACAAAUCCACGAUAGCGGGCAGCAAUGAUGGGGCUUACAGUACAGAUUACCGUACUCCGUACAGUCCAGCACUCUCCUGAGCGAUGUGCCCUAAAAGUUCCUAAAAAUCCCUUUACGCAACUACAAACCUGAUUCUGCACGACAUUACAGGGAUCGAAACAGCCAGAUUUCAGCUCUCCUUGUAGUAGACGCCGGCGGUUGGGGUUAAAAACAUUUCGGCAACUCCUCAAAGCAGUCUCCCAUUCUGCUUGAAUUUUUUUUUUUUUUUUUAUCUGCCUUCAAGAAUACAGAUCAUGAAAUGGGAGCUAUUUUCCAUUCUCAGCACCAGCAGAAGCCAUCUUGAAAGGAAUAGGGCAGAAUUCUACGCGGAAUUUGUCCCUUGGACGGUCAGAUCUUGUUGCCCGAGACGAUACAGGGAUAACUACAUGGAGAAAGUCCGAAUAGUUUGCCCGCGCUAACGCCUUCUGUGGCUGAGAAUAUUGGAAAGGACAACAGCUGUCAAAAUUACGCCAUGUCGAUGCAGUUUUUAUCUUAGCAUUUGAAAACUACGUCGUCUCCAGACUACUCCGUACAGCGAUUCUCGAUCGUCACCGUGUGGCGAGCUCAGUCCGGAUGGCCAUGCAGUAGGCAGUAAGAGCUGCAGGCAUUUACAGACGCAGCCAAAUCACCCUGUUUGAUAUCCCCACGUUCGUGCAUAACUAGGCGACCCGGCCGAGGCAAAAGAAAUUCCGUGUGGAGCUGGAAUCAGAUCUCAUUCUCCGCAUCUCAUAAUAACACUUUAUCGUGGGAGUUUUCGCCACCUCAAAAUACUUCUGGGGUCAAAAGAGGCCACACUAUGGAGUACAUAGCUUAUAACCGUAUACGACGGUGUUUUUGGAUAACCCCGCCCCAAAAGAGACCAUGAUGCGAUUAUCAGUACUCUUCCAGCCAGCGCUCAUCCCGGGAAAAAGUAGGGAAACUCAAUUUCGGAUCUAGUCGGAGUGGACAGUCACAUGUUAAGGUUGGCGAUGUGUGAUCAGAUUAAUUGAUGGUGAAGAUCGAAAGUGCACGCAGGCCUCCAUCAUUGUGGCAUGCAGGAUGAUGGGUGCCAGCAGCCAGCAGAUCUCUGAAGAUAUGGGAUCCUUCUUAUAAGUGUUGCGAUUUGCUAUGAACACGUCAAUCUACAUGCUUGGCUAGCUUCGUGGCACGGGCAUGAGCAAAUCCACGCCCGUCUGAAUGUCUCAUUCACAAAACCUCAUUUUUCAACCAAAUCAACUGCCCAAUGAGCCGCCAAGAAAACUGAAAACUGGUGAGACCCGAUUUUGUGAUGACACUCUUCUUGUAACAAUCCCAGCCAGUUCCCCGCCGUUCAAGGCUCUGUUAAAAUUGAAAAUAUUUGGGGUUCCUCAAACAAACACCACUCCGAUUUUUCAUAAUCCCUUUGCUUCCUUGUUGUCAUGGCGUGCGUCCUGCUUCAAUAAUUCAAUCAAAUUCGGCGACCAUUGAAAAUUCCAAUAUGAACAGGAACAAAGAUUCAUUCCGAAAGCUAAAACGUUCAAUCGGACUGGAUCGUUUUCUAUGCGCUGCCAUUCGUCAUCCUCCUGGGACCUGGUCUUGCUGGAUCGAUCGUGAACUUGCUGGUGAUUCUCGCCAAAUCGCUACCGCUAAGGGUACGAACGACUAGUAAUUAAUUUUCCUUUUUCUAGCUCCAUACCAAAAACGCUAGUAGCACAAGCUAGUCAAACACCAAGCGAUUCAGCGAUCCAAGCCUGGCUGAGCUGGAAGCUGGCGACUUGGCAAGAGAAGGAGGAACGGAUGGGAAGGAAAAUGUGAUGGACACGAACGAAGCAAAUUGGGACUUUUUUUUUUUUUUUUUUUUUUUUUUUUUUUUUUUUUUUUUUGGAUUGUGUGGCUGAUGACCGUGUUCGGGCUCUGACGGAUAUUGUUCGAACAAGAACGAGGCUGGUGAAAGCUGGCUGAGUCGAGAAUGGUGGCUGUUGUCUCUGGGUUUGCGUGUUCCCUUGUUCUGUGGAACGCUCCAGCUCGGAAUAUACAGCUAUGGAGAAAAUAACUCAUCAUAAAGCUGUUGUUUCCUGUGUUUCUGUGGUAAGUAGAUAACCCGACCAAAAUGUAUCAUUUUCGUUAUCCCUUUCUUUUCCCUUUUUGUUUCACCGUUUCAAGAACCGCUAGACAUAAAUGAACGUCCCCCGAAGGGCUUGGGAGCGGUUUCACGUCUUUCUCGACUUGUGACCAAUAGUGACAAGGUAAGGAGCCUUAGGAAUGUCGAGGAACAAAGCUUCCAGGGCUGCCUUUAUUCGUAUGGGCAAGAUGAAAGUGACAAUGAGGAAGAAGAACCAUAUCUUGUCUUGCUUCCAAAACGGUCUUAGCCAUGUCAGCUUCGGGGACAGGUCUGGGCAAAAAGUGAGAUGUCCCGCGGCAGUAAGGUUCGAAGCAAGCCCGCUGCGGAUGAACCACGGUGUUGGGACUUGGCUGCUUGGCUGCGCAAACGAACCGUCGCUCGUACCAAGAGGCUAGAAGAAGGAAGAAUGAUCAUUAGCAACAGGUACGGAGUUGAAAUCAAGAUCCAAAGAGGAUGAGCCCCGCGGCUAAGAUAGAGUGAUCUCCUUUUUGUCCGUCCGAUCGAUCACUCUUUCUUCGGAAGGGCGUCUAGUGUUUCCCCAUGGCUAAAGAUAGAUGUGUAAACCAGACGAAAAAUGACAUGAAUUUGCACACAAAUGUCCACAAGGGACAACCUUCUUCCAAAGAAAAAGAGAGAGAAAGAGAGCGAAAGAAAGAGAGAAAGAAAGAAAGAGCAGGAUAAAUCCCAGGGGGUAGUUACUCAAAGAAGUUAUCACUGAAAGAAGCCAUCCUCUCAUCUUCUCACAACUUGAAAAAAAAAGGAUGUUCGCCGAAACGGAGGUGCGCUUGUUUAUCCAUGUUCCAGGCAGAAGGUCGGGAAAACGGAUGACCUUCCGCGACAUCAAAAAUCAAGCCCUCAUUUGACGCUGCCGAAGGUCCCUCCCGCCUUACAGGGUAUGUUCAGGCAUGCGGGCUAGGACUAGGGGAACCCGCGCGUGGGCGUCUCUGGUGUGGCCUCUAACCCCCAAGAUAGUGUGAUUUGGCCUCGAACUCGGGGUUGAACCAACCGCCAAGUACACAUAACUAACGUACGGAGCACAAAACAAGGGUUUGAAGAGGAUUUCCUCGUAUGCAGAGCUCGCAUUCUAGGCGGGACAAGGUGACUUGCGCCGAAAUCACCAAAUCUUCCAGAAAAGGAUCCAUUGGGUGAGUACCUCAUUCAGCUCAUACUGAUAGAUUAUACACAUUCAGGAGCGCUGUUUGCCUCACCCAUUCUCAGCGGAGCAAAAGCGUAUGAGACUGCCAACCAAAGGAAAUGAUGAGCACCUAGAAAUUAGUCGACCUCAGCAGUUAGAAACCAGGAAGAGUUGUUAUUUAUCCCGGCACACUCUGUAUAGUUCAUCAUUAUGUUUGCUUUGGAUAAUCACCGGCUGUCCACCCGUCCUGUACCACGGUUUCGGUCUCCUUUAACCGGCGGCUGCGCGGUCGCGACAGUUGGGAUUUAUUAGGUGAUUGGUCAACGAAUAGUUUAAGCUUGGGCUACAUAAUAACAAAAAAAUUUAAAAAAAAAACUCAACACGCAGGGAAUUGGUUUACAACCGCGGGGUUCGUAGCGAUGAAGUUUCAGAAUAACGCUCAUCUUAUAGGGAAGGUAUCCAUGCACAAGAAGACACAGGAAGAGCGGUCUCGAGCAGCGCCAACCCCUCAAUUGGUGACUUGCAUUGCAUACCAACCUUGCAAAGACCAGGAACAAUCCAUCCUCAAUUCAUAUACGGAGUACGGAGUACACCCAUGGCAGUGAUGCCGGCGAUGGCUUGAACUUUGUUAUCCCCAGCCGGAGAUGUGGCCAUUUUUAAAUAUGCGCUACGGCGAGGCGCUCUAACUAAGAAAGCCUCUUAUCCCUGACUCUGAGCCUCAGGCUUCUGACGGGGUCGUUAUAUAAAACAGAGCGCCGCAGCCCAUCGCGAUGCAGUGAGACUGGGGAAAAAAAGUCUCCAUUCAGCAUUAAAUUGCUAUUUCGAUGAGAUGCGUCCUCGCCCAGAACAUGAAAUGUAUCGACACCCCACACCACCGCCGCUGGAGGGAUUCAGCGAAAAGCUAGAAGCCGACGAGUUUCCUGUGGCUCCCAUAUCGGAGUUUGAAGAUGAAUUAACACCGGAGGAAGAAAGGAGGCUUGUAUGGAAGAUUGACUGGGCCGUGCUGCCGACUUUGAUGUUGGGGUUCAUGGUGUUGCAACUCGAUCGCGCGAACAUAGGAAAUGCUCUCACAGACUUCUUCUUUCGAGAUGUCGGCAUUACUCAGAACCAAUUCAAUACGGGCCAACUGCUCCUUCCGCUCGCGAUUAUAUUGGUCGAGAUUCCUUGCAACAUAAUUCUAUUCAAGUUGGGUCCACAAAUAUGGAUAGCUGCCCAGAUCUUUGCAUGGGGUACCGUGGCCACCUUACAGGCAUUUCAAAAGGGAUUGGCGGCAUUCUUAAUCACCAGGAUACUACUUGGAAUCUGCGAAGCUGGCUUCGUGCCGGCUAGCCUCUACACCCUUACAACGUGGUAUAAGCGAAGCGAGACUAGCAAGAGAUUUGCCAUAUUUUACAUUGGAAAUUUGUCCGCUGGGGCAGCAAGUGGCUUAAUAGCAUAUGGAAUAUUGCAAAUGAGAGGGAUUCGUGGGCUGGCAGGAUGGCAAUGGCUCUUUAUCUUAGAGGGCCUCCUCACCAUCAUCGUUGGUUUCCUGUUCCUUGCCCUUUUCCCGAAGGACCCAGACAACCCAAUCUCAAUGUUUGGGUAUCGUUAUUUUACCGAGAGGGAAGCCGCAUUUUUAUCCCGAAGAGUCCUUGCGGAUGAUCCUAAGAAAGAGAAGGGAGGAAACUCUAUAUCGCUCAAACAGCUGAAGGGAGCGGUAACGAACUGGAAAAUGUAUCCGCAUCUAUUCGUGACAAUUUCCGGACUGGCACCCAUCUACGUAUUCGGUGCCUAUGCCCCGACCCUGGUAGCAUCCUUUGGUUUCGAAAGGCUAGUAUCAAAUGCUUUGGUAACCAUUGGUUUAUGGGCUCAGCUAUUUUUGAUAGUUCUUUGGGGAUAUGUUGGAGAUAAAACAGGUAGACGUGGAUAUGUCGUUCUAGCAGGCUCGCUGUGCAGCUGGGGAUUUGUUCUCGGGUGCCGAGUACUCGUGUAUUCUCCGGACGGCAACCUGCGAUUUGCACUUCUCACGCUUGCUAUCGCCUUCUGCGCCGUAUGGCAGCCCGUCAAUGCUUCCUGGAUGUCCAUGAAUUGUCGCUCACCAGAAGAACGGUCCAUUGCAAUGGCCUUGUUUACGAUGGCAACGAAUGUAGCUGGCAUUGUUGCCAGCCAUGUCUUCCAGCAAGAAGACCGGCCGCUGUACGUGAUGGGGUGGAACGUGAAUAUUAGCCUGAUUACCGCACAUGUUGUAAUUGUUGUUGGGACGAUAUUACAGUACGUGGUAUUGAAUCGUAAGCAUAAGAAAGCAGGUUCGAUGGGGGAGUUGUAUUCUUAUUAGAAGGAAGCGCCGGCGUGCGGGUUUUUAAUUUUCAUAAGUUCAAAAAAAAAAGUUUGGACUGUACAUUUUGUCCGCUAUUUUUCUCUGAAUGCACUACUUCACUCAAACUUGUAACUCUUUUUAAGAGUUCACUUUUAUGCUUGUCAAUUCAAAUUUCGCGCCAAAGCGACAGCGGUCUGGAAAUUCCGCUGGAGCAGCCCUACCCCCCUCCGGAGAGGAGUUACUUACAGAGCUAAAUGAAGCAUGGAAACAUUUCACAAGGCACCUUUUUUACAACAAGCUUUGAUGUUCUAUUCGUCUGGCACCAAUUUCCAAGCUGCCUUUAGCACUUGCGAUUUUCACGACGCUUUUACUAGGGGAUUAUUCAGAUAGCAGAGAGAGGAAAUGAAGGCACUUCUCAUAUGGGAGAUCAUGGCUGAAUGGGGGCGGCGGGUGUCUAUCGGACGUCAGGCAAGACACAAAAGGGGGGUUGGGGUAAAUGGCUAUUUUCAUUCUCAGUCCGUCUGACCAGAGAAUGUGAUGGCUGCACUGUUUAGAGAAGCGUACCCCGAGACACAGAAUAGGUUUGAGUAGGGAGAAUUCAGAUAAAAUUCCACGGAAUGCUGUACACAUGCAUGUAUGGCAUGAGCAUGGCCAAGUAACUAAUCACUUCAUUCGCCUGUUCCAACGAUGUGACUCUGUUUGACUCAAUGCAAAAUAUGUC